GACACCACGCACGCACCAGAGCACGUACCAUGGCACGUAUCUCUGCUUGUAAACAGAGGCUCACACGUGACUGUGAAAAGCGAGCGGAGCAGCGCCACCGCUUUGUUUGAGCGGACAAAGAGCGACGCAGACAGCGCUAAAGUACCACCAGGUCAACGAGGCGUCCAGGUGUAAUGACAACCCGGGAUAUCUGCGCCAUGAAGGAGCCUUUUUCCCCGUGUUUGUGACGCUGGACGCGGAAUAAACGCCUGACACCUCAACGGUACAGAGAGGACAACCUGUUUUUUCUUUUUUUUUACAAGCGCUCUGGUGGUAAACAAAACCGGGAUAUAGUGUAUGUUUUGUAACAAUUUGAUCCUAAAUGUGUUAUUACCAGUGCUAACGCUAUUUAGUACGAUUGUUUUGGCCGUUUCUGUGCUGUCCGUCGUGAGCUAGCAACAGCCGUUAGCCUCGGACUCAGAGGGGAUUUGUGGCUAACGCUAAUCUACGUGCUCCUUUUAUUGGCUGGAUGAAAUGUCAUUCACCAUGGAAGAUAACUUUGAGUCGGGAUGGGUGUCAGUCCGUCCCAAGGUCUUUGACGAAAAAGAGAGACAUAAAUUUGUUUUCAUCGUGGCGUGGAAUGACAUUGAGGAAAAGUUUGCCAUAACGUGUCAUAACAGAACGGUGCAAAGAAGGACUACUUUUCUGGACCCUCUCCUCGAGUGCAGCCCCGUUGAUGGCGCCUCCGUGGCAGAAAAACACAACAAAAACGGUGUCAGAACCAAACUAGAUGAAGUGUGUCAGGAGGCCAAAGUAAGACCGCAUUCUUUCCCCAAAGGUAGAGCAAAAAGUGAGGCCUGGGACAAGAAGCCCACGAAAGCUGGACGCUCCAAGACAACUGACAACGUGAAUCACAAUAUGGGCUCCUGGGACAUUGUGAUGAGUCCUAAAGUAGUGGACAUGGAAAUCAUAGAGCCUAUAGAGAUGCAGGGGCUACUGUCUCCUGUGUCUAUGGAGCCAGGGGAGAGUGAGGGAAGUGGGCACGAGGAUUUCAGCUGGGCCGGUCUGUUUUCCUUCCAGGACCUACGCGCAGCACAUCUCCAACUGUGCGCUGUCAACUCCGACCUUGAGCCCUGUUUACCCCCGUUCCCAGAAGAACAGUUCGGUGUAUGGACCGUGGUGUUUGGGUCCUCAGCCUUAUCACAGCGAGAGAGAGAGGCUCUGUGUUACCAGCUGCAAGUGUACCUGGGUCAUGCCCUGGACACGUGCGGCUGGAAGAUUCUGUCCCAGGUGCUGUUCUUUGAGGGCGAUGACACAGAAGAAUACUAUGAGAGCCUGAGUGAACUAAAGCAGAAGGGCUAUGAGGAUGCUCUGGAGAGGGCCAAAAGACACAUGCAUGAGGUGUUGGAGAAGCACAAAGCCAUAGACAGCAUGGUGGAGCUGUUACAAGUCUACCCUGAGGAGGACGAAGCCUACAAUGAUCUGCUGGAGGCCACCACUCAGUUGUACCACUACCUGCUCCAACCAUUCAGGGACAUGAGGGAACUGGCCAUGCUGCGCAGACAGCAGAUUCAGAUAUCACUAGAAACUGAGCGUCUGGGCCCCCGGCGGGUAGAGAGCCUCAGGAGGGAAGAUGAGGAGUGGCAGAAGAAGGCUCAUGCUGCUGUGAUGUCUAUACAGGACCUGACUGUCAAGUUUUUUGAAACUACGACUCGUGCACAGAAAGCCUUAUAUGAGCGGAUGAAAGGUGAUCAGAAGAAGUUUGGCAAGUCUGCGUGGGCAGCAGCAGUUGAUCGCAUGGAGCGCUUGCAGUACGCUGUGUCUAAAGAAACCCUGCAGCUGAUGAGGGCCAAGGAAAUCUGCCUUGAACAAAAGAAACAUAGCUUGAAAGAAGAGAUGCAGAGUCUGCGCGGUGGAGAAGAGGCUGUGUUGCGCGUGGACGAGCUGGAGGCACUAUACUACGAGCUGCAGCUGCAGCUCUAUGAUAUCCAGUCUGAGGUCCUGCGCUGUGAGGAGCUGCUGCUCACGGCUCAACUGCAGAGUCUGCGCAGGCAGAUGACUGAGCGACAAGAUGAAGUGGUCUACUAUGAUGCUUUUGAAAGUCCUGACGCCAUGAAGGGUGUUGAAGAACCUGUAACGCCCCCUUCCCCUCUUGGAGAUGAAGAACUGUGUAUCCUACAACAGAAGACAAGGCAGCUAGAAGCACGCAGGGGCCGUAUCACUGCAAAAAGGGUCUACCUGAAAAAUAAGAAGGAAAUUUGUAUAGCCAAUCACAAACAGAAGUCACAGCAAAAACAAGGAAGCCCUGGUGAGAACAAACCCCAGCAGACAGUGCUUCAGGGUGAUGCUGAUGAUGAAGUUCAAAGAAGUGCUCGGGUGAGCCAGGAGAGACAGCGCACACUGGACAGACUUCGCAGCCAUAGACAGCGCUAUCCAGGUCAGGUGACGCUAAAAUCCAGUCGCUUCCGCCAGAGUCAGGCGAAGAGGAGAGGUCAGGAGCCUGUUAUGCAGGUGGCCAGUGUUCAGACUGAUGGCUCCUCCGAUCUCCCAUCGGACGCUCCUGCUCCUCUUGUAGCAGACAUCUAUGAAACUACAUCUUUGCCCCCGGCCCCUGCACUUGAAGAUGCUGUUUUGUCCACUCCAUUCUUUUCUGUCCCUCCUGCUCAUCCAGCCCCCUCUUUGGGUCACCCUCCACCUCCCCCGCCGCCCCCUCCACCUCCUCCCCCUCCCACAGAGGAGCAGCCGCAGGAUGUCACUAAAGAAAAGGCCCAGAGCAGCCCAGUGCAGCAGAAGCGCACUGACCCUGAAUGCCCCUCACUCUCUCUAGCUCCCUUCUCUCCUCGCUUCUUCGACAGCAGCCAGCUGUUGACAGCUAGGAAAAAACUGAGGAAGACUUCAUCACUAGACUCAUCACAAUGGAGAAGAGCGAGCUCCCCCAUGGAUGAAGUACUGGCCUCAUUGAAGAGGGGCAGUUUUCAUUUGAGAAAGGCUGAGCUCCGCGUUUUGGCCCCCGACCCAGAUGAUGACAGCAACAACAUUCUGGCCCAGAUCAGGCAAGGUGUGCGAUUGAGAAAGGUGAGAGCACGCCCCGAGCAGCAGCGCCAUGGAAAAAGUUUCCCCCAUUCAACUGACGCACUCACACGCAGCAUUCAUGAAGCACUGAGGAGAAUUAAAGAGGCUUCACCGGAGUCCGAGUCUGAAGAUGAAGGCCUUCCUUGCACUGAUUGGGAAAACUAGUUUACUAGAUCAACUUGAUACCUUUAUAUUGGCAGAUUGCCACAUAGAACAAAGUGAACACAGUGUGAUCAGAAGAUUGGUACAUAGCCAACAUAGCAGUUACGUUUUGUAUAAGACAACAGAAUAUUGCAUUUUCCUACUGCUGUAAAUAUGAGAAAAUUGACUUUUUGUACAACCCAGUUUGAGAAGUUGUUGGAAUUCUUGACAAGGAUACAACGUGUAACCUCUCAUUAUAUCAGUCUACAUGGCAUCUGUGCUUUUGUUUGCUGUAAUGGGUUUGUUUUUAGCAGCAAGUGUUUGUGCUCUUCCAGAUGAUUUAAAUGUUUUGCUGUCAACUUUUGUAACAUUCAUAUGUACUGUAAUGUAAACGUACUGUAAUUUUAAGAUAGCCUACACGCCCAAUUUUUAAUCAGAACAUUUAUUCUUAAUAUAAUUGCUUUAAUGUAGUAAAGAUUAAUUACAAUAUACAAGUAUGCCUACUUAAAACAUUUGUCACAAUUUUACUGCCUGUGUCUGUCCUUAAAUGUGCCACGUUUGUGUGCGUUGGUAAAUGUAAAAUGUGCUUUUAGGCACAACACCAAUGGCAGAAUAACAUCCUACUACUCAUACUGUGCUGCUCUUGAGACCAAGUCAGUAUUUGAAUAAAAUCUAUUUUUUACAUCUGAACACACAGUAAUGAAUAGUUUUCUGCAGCAGUGGUGGGAGUACUGGGAGCUCACCUCUGUUAUCUGAUUAUGGUCUGGAAAGCAUGUGGGGUUGUUUGGUUUGAAAACAGAUUUUAAACAGACGCCCUCUGCUGGAAACACCUGUAGCCUUUAGAUGUUUUGUUUUUUUUUCUUUUAGUUUAGUUUUCUGCCUUUUUGUUCAUUUUUACUGAAGUUGUAAGUUUGCUGUGUAUUUUCUCUCUAUACAUUCUGUUUACUUUUGGCUUAAUGUGUCUUUUACGUGUGUAAAAGUCACGCAGAAGGACAGUAGUUUACAUCAGAUUGUGUCCAUGUCCAUUCUUACAGCCUUGUUGAGCAUUCUUUCCAUGGGUCAUUGAUAAUCCACGUGUUGUUUCCAUUUUAUUCUGUAAUGCUUGAUCUGUAUGACAUUAUGCAUGUAACUUGCUGACAAACCCAUUACAUCAGAAGUGCAAUAAUGAAGAAAUCAGAGAUUUUACUGUAAUGAAGUGUAAAUUACUAAAUAUAUAAGCAUGUUGAGAUGUUUAAGUAUUUAUUAAAAACCUAAUAUUUCAAGGACAUUUUUAAAGCAUAAAAAUUGUAAAUGUACUUUAUGUGGUUUGUUGCAUUUUACAUUGUUUACUAUUAGGAGUUCGGUCUGUCUUUUUUGGUCUUUUGCUGCCAGAUUAUAUCCAUUUUACUUUUCUCCGAAUAAAAUGUUUUUG